AUGGCUAAUCAGUUUUUCCGAUUUUUGCUCCUUGUAUUUUCUACAGUAUCCUCUCAUACUACCGUAGCAUUUAUUUGGAAUGAUGAUCGAAUUGUUAAUUUACCUGGAUUAACAUUUAAACCUAAUUUUGAGCAAUAUUCCGGAUUCUUACCAACAAAAACCGGAAAUUUUCUGCAUUAUUGGCUUAUCGAAUCACAAAAUAAUCCAUCAACUGAUCCAUUAGUUUUAUGGUUUAAUGGUGGAUUAGGUUGUAACUCACUUGAUGGUCCAUUGGCGCAAAUUGGACCAUUCCGCGUUAAUCAGGAUGGUGAAAGUUUAUUCGAAAAUAUUUACAGCUGGAAUAAGGUUGCUAAUUUAAUAUUUCUCGAAUCACCGUAUGGUAUCGGUUAUUCAUACAGAAAUACUUCAAUACCAUCAGAUGUGAUAUGGGAUGAUGAUAUGAUAGCUGAAGAUAAUGCUGAUGCAUUAGAGCAAUUUUUUCAACGAUUUAAACAAUAUCAGAAUCGUGAUUUCUACAUUACUGGUCAAGCAUAUACAGCAAUUCAUGGACCAAUGUUAGCAAAUGUACUGAUCAAACGAAUUCAGCAGAAUGGAAAUCUUUAUAAUAUCAAAUUAGCUGGCUUAGCUAUUGGAAAUGGUGCUUACAAUGAAAUGGACAGAAUAAAUUCAAUGAUUGCCUUGCAGUACUACAAUGGAAUGCUUGAUAAAAAAGAAUUUGAAAGUUUUACUAAUUGUUGUUUAACGGCUAUUCCCGGACCAUUGGCAUAUUGUAACUUUUCGCAGUUUAUAAAUUGGACAACAAAUAAACCCAUCGAUAAUAGUGAAUGUGCAUCCAAAAUAACGAAAUAUGCAUUUAAUAAACGAUUAGAAAAUUCUUUUAAUAAAUAUCAAGAUUGCUAUAUGGAUCCGAUAUCAACGGAUGAUAUAAAAAUAAUGAAAACAAUGAAUUAUCAACAACAACCAAUGUUUAAUGUAAAUUCACCUGAAACAUUUAUCGAUCAAGGUUCACUCAUAAAUAUUGAAUCAACUGAUGCACAAUAUGGUUUUCCAUGUUGGAUUAAAAAUGCAAUAAAAAAUUAUUUAAAUUUAUCAACUGUACGAGAAGCAUUAAAUAUUCCCAAUAAUUUACCAUCUUGGUCAAUGUGCAGUAAAAUGUUCCAAUCGAAUUAUAAAAGAAAAUAUCUUGAUAUGAUGCCUAUUUUUCAAUCAAUUAUUCAUCAUUUCCCAUUAAUUUAUCCAAAUGAUAUACGAAUAUUAAUUUAUAAUGGUGAUGCUGAUAUUCAAUAUAAUUUUUUGAGUAAUGAAUGGUUUGUGAUGAGAAUUACUAAUAAUUAUCCAAAAUCAAAUCGUAAAUUAUGGACUUAUCAAGAAAAUUCAGAAUUUCUUGAGCAAUUAGCUGGUUAUUAUCAGCAAUUUUUUAUGAGUGAUUAUGUGACAAUUGAUUAUGUCACUGUAAAAGGUGCGGGUCAUUUUGUACCGUUGGAUCGCGGUGGACCAUCAUUGCAAAUGUUUGCAAAUUUUAUUGAAAAAGCAAAUUAUAGUAGUAUUUUGAGUUAUGAUACAAAACCAAAAUCAAUUCUUCCACAAUAUCAACCAGUACCACAAAUAACUCCAACACGCAAGCAACGUGAUCGUAUAUGGAAUUUACCUGGAUUAACCUUUGAACCAAAUUUUAAGCAGUAUUCUGGCUAUCUGAAAGCUGAUUCUGGCCAUUUGCAUUAUUGGUUUGUUGAAUCACAACGCAAUUCAUCCAACGAUCCGUUAAUAUUAUGGUUAAGUGGUGAGCCAAGCUGUAGCUCACUUAAUAGUUUCUUUUCCGGAAAUGGGCCAUUCCGGUCAAAUUCAGAUAAUAUGACAUUGUCGGAAAAUAAUUACUCAUGGAACAAAAUAGCAAAUGUGCUUUACCUUGAUUCAUCACGUUUCAUUGGCUUUUCAGAGGAAAUUCUUUCGAUAAAUGAAUUUGAUUUUAAUAAUAAUAAGACUGUUACAGAAGUCUUUCAUGCUUUGAUGGAUUUUUUGACUGUAUUUCCGGAAUAUAUCAAUCGUCCAUUCUUCAUUACUGGUCACUCAUAUGCUUCUUUAUACAUUUUAAAAUUAUCAGCUCAAAUUAUUAAUCGAAUUCAGAUUGAAAAAACUAAUGAUUUAAAUCUCGUUGGUAUUGCAAUUGAAAAUGGUAUGUUAAGUAAGAUCGAACAGUAUAACUCAUUGAUUACGAUACUUUCAUACAAAGGAGUAAUCGAUUAUGAGUAUUAUUUGAAGCUUAUGAAUUAUUACAAAAAUUCAAGCACUACUCAACCGGAAGCAUAUUUUGAUUUCUCGCAAUAUGUUGAAUUUCCGGAAUAUGGAAAUGUUAUUCCGAUUGCAAAUAUCAGUUGUGGUGAUUAUUUAUCAUCUGUUCGUGAUUAUAUGUGGGAAAAUCACAAAUUUCUUUAUGAAAGUAUUCAUUAUCAAUGCAAUAAUAAUCAAAGUGAAAUGGCAGAUGAUAAAACGAUUAUUCUCCCUAACUUUAGCUUAUCAAUGUAUGCAAGAUCACAAAAUAAUUAUAACACAAUUGAUGGAAUGAGAAAUUUUUAUUGGCAUAAAUCAUUAGCUGUUGCAAAUUAUCUGAAUCAACCGGAAGUGCGUUUUGCAUUACACAUUCCGUCAACUAUUAGUAAAUGGAUUGCAUGCAAUCCAUCAGCAAAUCUUAUCAAUGAGCAACGAUACAACGAUACAACAAUACUUUUUCAACAAAUAUUAAAUUCCAAUUAUCCUUUAAAUAUUCUCAUUUAUGAUGGUGAUGCUUCAACCAGUUAUCAAUUCAUUGGAGAUGAAUGGUUUAUUGAAAAGAUAGCAAAAAUGUAUUCAAUGGUAACUGUUCAGGAACGAAUUCCAUGGAUUUAUCAUAAACAAAUUGCAGGCUAUCAAAAAAUAUUUAAAAUGUCAACAAAAAUAGAAAUAUCUGAAAAUAUCGAAGUAUUUAAGGGCAAACUUCAAUUUGUUAUUAUUAAGGGUGCUGGCCAAUUUAUUUCAUUUGAUCGACCAGGCCAAUUACUUCAAAUGUUGAAUAAUUUUUUGGAACAAAAUGACCUUUCAACUCCAAUACCUAUAAGUGUAAAGUUUAAACCAUUGAAAAAACAAUAUGAAAUAUUAGAACAGAUUGUAAGUGAAAUUGGUUCAUCGUGUAGCGAUCAAAAUUUAUUCAUUGAUGAAAAAUUAGAUGCAAAUAAAUCUGAUGACAGUAUGCCAGGACAAACUUUUUGGUAUAAUUUAAAAACUGUAACUGGACAUUUAGACGAUGGCCAAGGAAAUGAUCGUUUUUAUUGGUGGUUUCCAUCAACAAAUCAAAUGGAUCCAUUAAUUAUAUGGCUUGGUGCUGCUCCAAAUUGUACCAUAUUUUAUGAUAUUUUUAGUAACAUUGGCUUAUAUCGUUUAAAUAAAUAUGGAAAUAUGCUAUAUGAAAAUUCAUAUUCAUGGGAUCGAGUUGCAAAUAUAUUAUUUUUGGAAACAAUUCCAGCAGAUAUUGGCUAUUAUUCAUCAAAUAGUACGAUAAAAUUUUAUAAUGAAACUACGAUUGUUAAUGGUUUAUUGUAUGCUAUUCAAAAUUUUUAUAAAACAACAAUUGGUUCAAAUUUUCAUCAAAAUCCUUUGUAUAUAUUUGGCCAAGGUUAUGGCAGCUAUUAUGCUCUAUUAUUAGCUCAGAAAUUAAUUAAUUUUUCUGAAAUUCCAAAAUUAAUUGGAAUCGGUUUGGGUAAUUCAUUAUUAGAUUAUAAAACUUUAAUCAAUAUUAUGCCAAAUGAAUUAUACUAUAAUGGUUUAAUUGGUAAAAUUGAAUUGGAUCAGUUAAUUCCAUGUUGUAUGGAUGAAAAUGGUAUUUAUCAAGAAUUUUGUGAAUUAAUAGAGUAUAUAAAAGUUGAUAAUUAUGAUAAUAUUAUUCCCAAAAUGAAUUCAAAAUGUUCAAAACUUGUUGCAAAAUAUAUAACAGAGGGAAUGUUACAACGAAGGAAUCUAUCAUUAAAUACUUAUCAUAGUUGUAAUGAUAAUCUAAUUGAUACUGAUUAUAAUGGCAAACAAAUUGAAAAGAAUUCAAAAGAUAUGUUCGCAUCAUAUCAGUGCUAUAGAAAUGAUGCAAUUAGCAAAUAUUUUCGAUUUAAAAAAGUACAACAAUGGUUGAAUAUUUCUAAUAUAAUAUCAGAAAAUCAAUUUUGCAAUCCAUCAUUAUCAUAUAAUGCAUACAUUUCUGCCAAUAUGUCAUCAUUAUUUCAACAAAUUCUUCAACAAAAUCAACAAAUUCAAAUUCUUAUAUUCGAUGGUGACAGUCAUUUACAAAGCAAUUUUCUUUCAAAUGCAAUUUUUAUUGAACGAUUUGCGAACGAAAUGAAUUUAACAGUAACAAAAAUGCGAAAUACAUGGACAUAUCAGAAAUCAAAGAAAUCAUUAAAUGAGAAUGCUGGAUUUGUAAAAUUAUUUAAAUAUAAUCCUACAGGUGCAACAAUUCAUCUUCUUACAGUAAAGGAUGCUGGUUAUCAUAUAGGCUUAGAUCAGCCAGUAGCAGCGCUACAAAUGAUUAUUAAUUUUUUAAAUAAAAAUUCAUCCAAUGAAAUGGAUGAAAUUUCAUUACCACGUCAAACACUUUUAGAAUAUCAACCAAAAAAAAUACAACAAACAACACAACAAUUAGCUGAUCAAAUAUUUGACUUACCUGGUUUAACAUAUGCUAUUAAUUUCAAUCAAUAUUCAGGUUAUUUAAGAGCUACCAAAGGAAAUUAUCUUCAUUACUGGUUUGUGGAAUCACAGAAUACACCUAGCAUUGAUCCAUUGAUAAUUUGGUUCAAUGGUGGUCCAGGAUGUAGCUCACUUGGUGGUUUAUUCAUCGAAAAUGGCCCAUUUCAUUUAAAUUCUGAUGGGAAUACUUUAUUUGAAAAUGUCUUCUCAUGGAAUAAAUUAGCAAAUAUUUUAUACAUUGAAUCACCACGACAAGUUGGUUUUUCAUAUCAAAAUUGGUCAAUUAAUCCAAGCACUGAAUUUAAUGAUACAUUGACAACAAUUGAUGCAUAUGAAGCGAUUGUUGAUUUUUUCAAAAUAUUUGCUAAUUUUAAAACAAAUGAUUUGUACAUUGCUGGUGAAUCAUAUGGUGGCAUUUAUGUUUCAACACUUACAGCAUAUAUCGUUGAAAAAAUUCAAAAACAAAAUGUAGAAAUGAAUUUAAAAGGAAUGAUUAUUGGUAAUGGUUAUUUGAGUGCUAUCAGUGAUGUUCGUUCAAUUGCUGAUUUUAUGCAUUUUCAUGGAAUCUAUGAUAAAAAUAUUUGGGAUGAAUUACAACAAUGUUGUCCACAACGAUACGAUGAUAAGCCAACGAUAGAAUGUCAAUUUGAUGAUUACAUUGAUAUUGAUAGUGCUGGAAAUGUGAUAUCAAAUGCUAAUGCAAAUGCCACAUGUGCUGAAUUAGUUAGCAAUCUUGCAUUUAACUAUUUUCUAACUUCAAUGAAUGAUGAAUAUAAUUUACAUCAAGAUUGCUAUCAGUUAUUUGAACCGGUCUUUCCGGUAAACAAUAAUAAUCAACAAAAACAUUUGUUACUUAGUGCAGUAUCAUCUUCAGGGAAAAAACUUCAAAUCAAAACACAACUAAUGCAAAGUAAAGUUAAUAUUGAUACUCCAUACAUACAGCCACGAACUAUUUAUACACAUUCAACUGAUUCACUUGGUGGUUUUCCAUGCUAUAUGUAUGGAAGUACCACGCAAUAUCUCAAUCAACCUUACGUACGUGACGCACUUCAUAUACCAAAUUAUAUUCCAUCAUAUCAACUUUGCAACUUAAAUAUUACUUAUGAUAGUUUAUACAAUGAUACAACAUUACUCUUUCAACAAUUACUUAACAGUAAUUAUUCAUUAAAUGUUCUACUGUAUAAUGGUGACUUAGAUACUGCAUGCAAUUUUUUGCAAGGUGAAUGGUUUAUGGAAAAUUUUGCAAAUUCUAAUGCUAUGAAUAUGAAUGAAAAAAAUUCCUGGCUUUAUCAAUUAAAAAAGCAAUCAGCGCCACAAAUUGGUGGUUAUAUAAAACGUUUUGAGAAAAAUGAAUUAACAAUUGAUUUAGCUACUGUUAAGGGUGCAGGUCAUAUGGUUCCAGUAUAUCGUGCUGGUCCAAUUUUGCAAUUAUUAACAAAUUUUAUACGUCGCAACGAAUAUAAUGAUGCAUUAGCAUUUACUUUAGAUCGUAAACCAUUAUUACCUCAAUUUAUGGAAAAGUGA